GAUUUUGCAACAGCUCACAAGUCGAAGACACCAGAGCUGUUGAUAUGCGUGACUAAUUGUUCUCGGAAAACAGCCUCAAUUCCGGGAAAUGUCGGUAACAUUUAAAGCAGAAUAUAGGAUAAUAUGGAAAUAUAGUCGUACAUCUAAUAUCUAAUCAGAUGAGAAUUCAAAACCAAAACAAACAAAAAACAAAUGGUCUUAAACUUUUGUAUGGUAUGGUGACCGGCAAAAGGUAUCUUCUGCACUUUUUUUAUUUCCGCGCAACGCUAGAACGACCGAUUAAUACGUUUUUCUAACCGAGUGGUAUUGCAAAGUAACACUUUCCAUCCAACAUGAUUGUUGUUUAUCCUUUCAACUGUUGCCUUACUUAUAAGCUCAGUGACGGGUUUACAGUUAAUUUUAAAAUGCACCACAAUUCAAUAAGAUUUGAAAACUACCAAAAUAAUCUCGUUAAUCUGCACGUCUGAAUCAAAUGGCUAUUUGGGUGGACCCAAAUGAAAUAAAUUUGACGUUGAUUCAGACGUCGAAUUUUAUGUGUAUCUCGAAAGUGCUGGGUUGGUGAUAGGAAAUACGUUGAAAUAAUCUAUGUAGUAGAUCCAGCGCAUGAGAAGUUCGACGUCUGAAUGAGAGUCGCACUUUAGCCGUUUUAUGCGACUGAGCCGGUCGAAUUCAAUAGCUGGGCCGACCCAAAUCAAAUUCGUCGAAUUUAAUUAAUUCAAACGUCCAACUUUUCACGCGCCGAAUCAAAUCAUUUGAUUCGGCGCAUGAACAUCUCGACGUUUGAACUGUGUUUCUUAUUUGUGUCGUAGCAGCUGGAAUAGUUCCACGUUUACAAAUUUAUCACUGAUUCCCAGCCGGGUUUAUUUAGUUACUCUUUAUCAGACCUUUUUAAAACGUGUAUUGCAUAUCUUCUGGGGCGGUCAGAGCAAAUAGUUCUCAUCCUGACUUGUUUCUUUUAAGGAAUUUGAGAAGAUGACAGAGUAAAGCAUAAGUCUAGCGAACGAUCAUUGCCAUAUGGCGAGCGGCGAAGACGAAGGGUUCGAUUUGAUUCAGCCAUCGCUUAUCCAACAGUUGAGGAAAAUUCUAGAUGAGUAUCCGGAUGACGGACAAAUACUUAAGGAACUCAUUCAAAAUGCUGAGGAUGCAGGGGCCACUCAUGUCAAGUUCUUGCACGACAAAAACAGCUACGGGAAAGCACAACUUUAUGACAAGAAACUCGAAAAGUUUCAGGGCCCGGCACUUUAUGCCUACAACAACGCGCUCUUUACUGCAGCGGACUGGAAAGGUAUCCGUCUGGUUUGUGACAGUAUUAAGGUGGAAGAUCCCAUGAAAGUUGGUCGGUUUGGUUUAGGUUUCAAGUCUGUGUUUCACAUGACAGAUUUACCAAGCUUGCUCAGCGAAUACCAAGUUGGCUUCAUUGAUCCUCAUGGCGUCCACUUUUCUGACGAGGACUACAAGCGAACCGGGAAGCGCUGGCGACUCCGAGAGGACUCCGCCGACAUUGAAAGAAUCCCUGAUCAGUUCAGUCCCUACAAAGGCAUAUUUGACUGCAACGAUGAGGUAUUUUCCCAGGGACGUUACAAUGGGACCCUGUUUCGUUUCCCAUUGAGGAGUUCACCAUCCAAGCUGUCAGACACACUUUACACUGCUGAAAAGGUUGAAACUUUAUUUGAAAGUUUCAAGGCCGAUGCUCACUUAAUGCUUGUCUUCCUGCAACAUUUGGAGUCCAUUGAGUUAUAUGUCAAAGGAGAGAAUGAAUGCAACCACAGAAGAGUCUUUCAAGUAAAGAUUGUCGACGAAAGUCUCCAAACGGUGCGAACAAAAAGGGAAGAAUUUCGCUCGAAGAUUACGCCCGGAAAAGUUGCGUCUGACUCCGUUACGGUGACGUACCCAAUCACCAUAGAGACAGUAGACUUCGAUUUGCCCUCCGCGGACAACGCGAAGAAACAUUCGUUUCUUGUCACAAACUACUUCUGUGGGGGACAAGUUUCUUCAACUUUCAAGAAGCUCAUGACCGACAAAGCUCUCAGCUACCUCCCCAUGGUUGGCGUCGCCAUGGCGUUGCCAACAGGUCCAAGAUUGCAGACGCCAGACAUCAAGGGUCACGUGUUUUGCUUCCUUCCACUACCAGUUCAAAAAGCGAGUUUGACAGGCUUACCAGUGCAUGUGAAUGGCUUCUUCGCUUUGAAUCAAAACAGGCGUUACAUCAAGUCUCCAAAUGCGGAUCAAGAGGAGCUCGAGAAAGGAGGCCGACAGCUAACUGACAGGUCAUUACUGUGGAAUAAGUGCCUGCUAGAAGAAGCCAUUCCUAGAGCGUAUGCCACGAUGAUAUUGGAAGCCAUAAAAGAGAAGGCAGUUUUCGUGCCGAAGGUUGCUAUUUACAAAGCAUGGCCAGACAUUCAGAGCAUAAACCAGAAGUGGAAGAGUUUUGAAAAACCUUUCUUUCAAUUUCUUCUUGACGAAGACGUUGUGCACACAGACGCAAAUGGUGGCAGCUGGGAGAAGGUAAAAGAGGCCAUAUUCCAGAAACAGUCAGGCGACCACUGGAAUGAUUUGCUUCUGAGAGUCUUGCUUUCAGUUGGUUUACCAGCUGUUACUGUUCCACGUCAUGUUCAUAGUGCUUUGGACAAGUACGCCUUGGAUAAAACCGAAAUAGAACCUCGUCUGAUCAGAUAUGUCUUACGAAAAGUGCCUUCUUCUUAUGUGAAUCUUGAAAGACAAGAAAAGCUGCUACUUCUUCAAUUUUCCCUCACUGAUCGCCAUUUUUCAGACCUCGAGGGUUUACAGCUGUUGCCUCUCAGUAAUGGUCAAUUUGCCAAAUUUGAAGCUCGGGCCAACACGGUAUACAUCGCCUCCUCAGAGCAUCCUCAAGAGCUUUUUGCUGCCCUAGAUGAUCGAUUUCUGGAUAAAAGUGUCCACGAAGACAUCGUUGGCAUCCUUAAAGAAGCCGUUUCUCAAGGGAAAACGCAACUGCGACUGCUUAGUAGAAAUCACGUGCCUUCCCUGCUUUGGGAGUCACUGCCCUUCGGUUGGAACACUGUUCACUCGGUAUCGUGGUUCCCAGGGGACAAGAACCAUAACCACCCGCCGAAACACUGGAUUCAGAUUGUUUGGCGAUACCUGGGAAAACACUUCACCUCUUCAAAAGCUCUUCAGAGUCUUGAAGGCCUACCGCUGAUUCCGCUUAACAGUUCUCAGACACCUGUAAUCUUGACGCAGCUUUCUCAUCCUUCCAGAGUGGUAGUCAAAGGCCUUAACUGGGAGUACAUUGAUGAGCCUUUGUCAGGGGUGCUGAAGAAGAUUGGUGUCCUUGUCAUUGACGACUGCCCAGGGUUUAUAAGUCAGCAUCCCGCGGUGUUGGGGACCUAUCUAAACCCACCAUCCACCAAAGGCGUUUUGAAGGCAAUGGUAGUUUGUUCCUCCACUAUGGAAACGUUUCUUAAAAACAUUUGGGAGAUGUCUACCAAAGAGAAGCAGAUUUUGAGGUGCUUCCUGGCAAAUGCACGUCCGGAGGACGUAGGAAAUAAGGAACACAAUCUUCUGUGCUCUCUUCCACUCUUUCAGACUCACUGCAAGACGUUUGUUUCCAAGAUGGAAGGUCUGUGUGCAGCUCCCCGUGACUCCCUUCCGAUUCAACCACUACGGCAACUCAUUGACAUUUCAGAUGAUGCUUCCGAGACCUUGGCUCGUUUAUUGGAGGUCAGGAUUCUGAAACCGAUCGAACUGCUUUGCGAAGUUGUUUUUCCCGACAUCCAGCAAGGCAAGUACACCGAAGCACACGUUGACUUGCUGAUGUCCCAUGUGUUCACACAUUUCGCACAUGUCAUCCAUACGGAUGCUAACUUCAAGCGUCAUUUGCAAGUGAUCUCAUUUGUGCCAAAGAAAACAGUCCGAGUGCGGGCAUUGGAGGUCUUUGACCCCAGGAGCGAAAACCUGCAAAAACUGUUUUCCCACGAAGAUGUUUUUCCAGUUGGUGAGCUCUACAACGACCCGGUUGUUCUGUCUAUUCUGGAAGCACUUGGAAUGAAAAAAGACAGCAAGAUCACUGCAAAAGACCUUUAUCAAAGUGCUAGAGAAGUAAGUAUGCUCUGUCCAGUUCCAUCCGCUGAGCACAAGUCUUCUGCUAUUUUGCAAUAUCUCAGCAGCCAACCCCAAAAACUCCAGGAACCAGUUAAUGGACGAAAAUUGGGUGCGCUACUGAAGGAUAUCGCUUGGGUGUCUCGAUUGCAACAGAGGCCCUGGAAGUUUCCUCCUACGCUUUCAUGGUGUGAAACCGACAAAGAACAAGAAAGACACUUUUUCAAGCCAACAGAAAUCAAAAGCCAGCAGUUGGUCAAUCUUAUUGGAUCAGUAAGACCAGUUGUCAAGGUUGAGCCCUCGAAUGAAAUUUGCAAAUAUUUUGGCUGGAAGAACAAAGUCGAUAUCGACGAUGUCGUACAGCAUUUGCAAAAUGUGGUUACAUGUUACACCAAAGACGAGAAGCCGUAUUACAUGGUCGUAGUAGACGAAAUCUACUCCUUUCUCAGCCUUAUAGACCAAGAGGUUCUAACUAUGGUAUUCGAUUUGACAAAGAUCUCCGAAUGGGUUUGGAAUGGUAAUGGCUUCUCUUCACCUUGCAAAGUGCUACCCAGUGAAACAAGAGUUGAUCUCGCACCAUACAUACUUCCUCUUCCGUCAGAAAUGACAAAGUUCAAGGAUUUGUUUCACCGUUUUGGUAUGAGAUACCAAAGUAACACUGUACUUCUGCUCGAAGUCCUCGACAUGAUAAAAAUGAAGCACGACAACAGAAAUUUUCAGUGGAGGCCUUCAGAAGUAAAACGAGAUCUCAAAUUAUCUGUAGAAAUCCUGAAUGAGUUGGCAACCGAACGGUUACGCCCUGAGUUGGAGACAAGGAUUCUUUUUCCCAUUCACGUCCAAGACGACUCCUAUGUCCAACUUGAACCAGCUACACGCUGCAUGUACUGCGAACAUGAAGAAUGGCUGACGAGAGACGGUGACGAUGAAGGCAUGGAAUAUUUCUAUUUACACCCUAAUAUCUCCAGUACCACUGCAGAGCGUCUAGGAGUCCCGUCCCUCACAAAUCGAAUGUUGGACCCCGAUGACUUGUUCAUUGGAGAAGAGUUUGGCCAGCAGGAAAGGCUUACCACUCGUCUCAAUCGACUUCUUGAGGACUACACCGAUGGAUUUGCUGUACCAAAAGAGCUCAUUCAAAACGCAGACGAUGCUGGUGCCACUGAGGUGAGAUUCCUGUAUGACGAAAGAAGCAAUGAGAAAGCCAUGACAUGUCUGAUCGAUGAAGGCAUGAAAGGCUGCCAAGGACCCGCUCUUUGGGUCUACAAUGAUGCAACUUUUAAAGAUGAAGACUUUGUCAACAUUACGAGACUAAAUGAAGCAACCAAAGCGGAGGACACUGAGAAGAUUGGACGAUUUGGACUUGGCUUCAAUGCAGUUUACAACCUGACAGACGUGCCUAUGUUUGUAAGCAAAAACUAUCUUGCGAUCUUUGAUCCUCAUACGUCAUAUCUCGGAAAGGGCAUCAAGAACAAAAGGAGACCAGGAAUGAAGAUCAAUCUGAACAAAGACGUAUGGAAACUUCGGAAAUUUAAAAAUCAGUUUCAACCGUUCAACGGUAUCUUCGGCUGUGACUUACAUCUGGAAAAAGAAGACAACUCAUUUGAUGGUACUCUUUUCAGAUUUCCCCUGAGAACAAGAGAGCAAGCCAUUGCAAGUGAGAUCAAGCAACUGUGUUAUGACGAUCAACAAAUGCGUGAAUUACUGCAGAUGUUUAUCCAUGGAGCGAAGCACUUGCUUCUCUUCACCCAGAAUGUUAUGCGAGUAGGUAUUUACCACUUGCCAAACUUGGAGAACCAGGAUACGCACCCAGCACUUAUGUUUGAGGUUAAAAAGUCAGCACCACCAGAAAGAAUACUCCGGGAGUUAUCGUUUUCAUUUACAGUUCCUCCCAACGCAUUGAAUUUUAGUCAAGAAGAGUUAAUCUUCCUCAAACAAUGCAAUUUUUUACAAGCCGCCUCUAAAGUAAAAAAGUUGUCACAAGAUCGCAAAAGUGACCCAACAAAGCUUCCAGUGUCUUCCAUGAUAAUUGAUGUCAAUUGCAGUCUCACGAGAGAUGGAGUGGAUUUCUUCAACGUGAACGUGCCUCAAGGGACCGUAAAUUGGCUUGUUGUUUCCUCAAUGGGCACCGGGAAGGCCCUGAAGGUUGCUAAGAAAGACCCUACCCUCCUUCCGGCAGCGGGAGUUGCAGUUCAGAUGGAACCUAAGGAGGAAAAUAAUUUCUUUCCCUUGCCCGUUGCUAAGCAGGUCGCUGAACGAAAUCUCAAUGGCAAUAUUUUCUGCUAUCUCCCCCUCCCAAUUUAUAGUGGUUUAUCUGUGCACAUAAAUGGUGCAUUUGCAGUGGCGUCUAACCGACGCAGUCUACAGGAGAGAGUAGAAGACGACAAAAUGUGGUUUAGAGUGGACUGGAAUUGCGUGCUCAUGCAAGAUUCCGUGGUUUCUGCCUUCCUUGAUCUUCUAGAGGAUGUAAAGUCAGUUGCCCCUGAUGACGGCUCGUAUUUGUUCCACUCAUUAUGGCCAAAGGCGUGUCAAGUGCAACACAACUGCAGGCCACUUUUGACAUCCUUUUAUACCAAGCUCGCGGGUGGUGGCUAUUCUUUAUUUUCAGACGGAAAGAAAUGGGUCGAUAUUACACAAGUAGUUUUCAUUGAUCCUCAGUUUCGGAACGAGCACAGAAUUGGAGAAGCUGCGAACAAAGUUCUCAAAAUGUGUGGCAGACGCAAAGGGCUGGUUAUCGAUUUGCCAUCUGAUGUAUUGCAUUCUUUCCAAGUUUGUGGUCUAGAGGAAGAAAUAAACGCAAGAAGCUAUAGCAAGAUUGAAUUCUUUCGUGAAAUUUUCUUUCCGAAUAUUGCCGCCCUUCCAUCAAACCUGAGGGAUGUGUUGACUUUACAUGCUUUGGAUGUCAACGGGGCGGAAUUCCGCAAGUUAUUGAAGCUACACGCUUGCAUUCCAGCAUCACCAGCCGGUGAAAAUCUAAAGUUGCCCAGCCAACUUGUGCACCCUAACAAAGAGGCUGCGUCGCUGUUCAAUCCUGAAGAUGGCAGAUUCCCUUUUGGCAAUGAAGAAUCGUACCUUAACGGUCAAAGGCUGGCCAUUCUCGAACAACUGGGAAUGACCUCCAACGAUCUAUCAUGGUUUGAGGUAGCCGAAAGGGCAGAGAGUGUUCAAAUUCUAAAUGCGUUUGACAGUAGCGCAGCGUUGGGGCGUGUACAAGCAUUGCUCAGUUUUAUGGAAAAGAAGACAAAAGCUGAACCGUCACCCGAAACUAACUUUUGUGAGCGAAUUUUAAAAGCUAGCUUUAUUCCAGUUCUCAAGAAGCCACCAAAUUUUCCGCUACCCUGGAAAGGAGAUGAAUUUGAAGAUAAUUCGUUAAUUACACCCGAAGAAGCUUACCCAACGGAGAUCAAAUACCUUGUAUGUUGCACUGAACCUCUGACGGGUAUUUUCAUUUCAAACCCCUUGAGAAGGCUAUUGCAUUUAGAAACGAAGACUGUUACCCUUGAGCAUGUGAUGCAGCAACUUGUCAACGCUUUCUCCGCAAGAGUCGACUGCCUCAGCAGUUCACAAUACAAAGAGUUAGACCAGGUCUGCAUGGAGUUAUAUGAAAUCUUGCAGAGAUCUCUUCAUGGCCAUGGCUCUAGCAUUUUAGAACAACUCCGCGGAAAGAGUUUCAUUCUUGUUGGAAGGAGGUUUCUUUCCGCUCAACAAGUGGCACUAACGCUGACUGAUGAUUGCUCACCUUAUCUUCUCGAACUGCCUCAGAGGUUGACUGAGGCUUUUUCUCCACUGAUGAGGGCAGUAGGUGUGAAGGAGACAUUUGAUGUGCAGGAUUUCAUUUCAAGCUUGAAUGAAGUGAAGAAAACUUUUGGAGAGAAUGCACUAGACGGGAAAACCCUUAAAGUUGCAACGAACCUGACGAGACUGUUGGGCGAAGCAGUGAAGUCUAAUGUUCCUUCCCAGGCAGAGGGGAACUGGGCAACUGUUCAUCUACCCGACUCUAAAGGAGUGAUGCGACCAGUGAGCGAACUUUGCAUUCGAAACUGUUCCUGGUUGCCGGAUGAGGAAGGCAUUCAUUAUGUCAAUGAUGGAAUCCCUUGGCCAACGAGCAGUCAGUUAGGUGUAAAAACAAGACGGCAAGAAGCUCUUAGACCUCAUGUAGUUGGAAUUGCCUUUGGACAAAAGGAGAAGCUCACAAAUCGUUUAAAGCGCAUUCUAACAGGCUACCCUUGUGAGAAAGAGAUUUUGAAAGAACUUCUUCAAAAUGCCGAUGAUGCGCAGGCAACCGAGAUUUGUUUUAUUAAAGAUCCCAGGCAUCAUCCCAAUAAAAAAGUGUUUGAGGACAGUUGGAAACCACUGCAGGGUCCUGCGCUGUGUGUUUACAACAACAAGCCAUUUACCAAUGCAGACAUCGAGGGGAUACGUAACCUUGGUGAGGGGAGCAAGAGCGAAGACCCAAACAAGACUGGCCAGUACGGCGUCGGUUUCAAUGCUGUUUAUCACUUGACAGAUGUGCCGUCGUUCAUGACUAAAGGAGAAGAGAUUGGAGAUGUUUUGUGUGCGUUUGAUCCCCACUGUAAGUACGUCCCUGAAGCGACAGUUCAAGAGCCCGGUGUAAUGUUGCAAGACAUCCCAGCACUGCGGCAGAAAUUUCCUGAUGUAUUCCCCUGCUAUCUGGAGAAUCAUUUUCCUAUUGACAAUGGCACCAUGUUCAGAUUUCCCCUACGUACACCGCAAAUGUCAAAGGUGUCGAAAAUUUCUCCCAGUCCCGUUACACUAACAAUGCUAAACACGAUGAUGGAAGACCUCAAAAAGGAAUUGUUUGAAGUUCUACUCUUCGUGAACAAUGUCAAAAAGAUUACCCUCUGUGAAGUUAACGAAAAAAGUGGAGAACUAAUCAAUAUUUAUACAGUCAAGACAUCAAUGUCCAAGGAAGACGAGGCUAAACGACAAACGUUUACUGAUUACAUCAGACAGAUCGGGGAGAAGACAAAAGAGAGAGGGGAUUAUCUUACGACUCAAAUUCCAGUAGCCAAGGUUUCAUAUGUUUUAAACAUGGAAGACAACUUAGGAAACAAAGAAAAGUGGUUGAUCGUGCAGCAGAUUGGUUUUGAGAAGACAGUGAAAGAGAGUAUCGCCAAGGCCUUUAAACGACAUGAACUGGGGAUGCUUCCUCGCGGUGGCGUUGCUUGCCUUUUAGAGAAGACGUCACGUAAUCCUAAUGAAACGCGAAAGAAAGCUUUCUGCUUCCUCCCACUCCCUUUUGAAACCGAUCUUCCGGUGCACAUCAAUGGUCACUUCGCACUGGACCACGAGGCGAGGCGAAAUUUGUGGAGAGAUGAAGCUGGAGGAUAUCGGAGUGACUGGAACAGUGCUCUACUGGCAGAUGUGGUGGCGUCGUGUUAUCUCACACUUUUAGUUGAGGUACGUACGUUUCUUCAUCUACCCAUUGCCUCCCCUUCCAUUGUGGCGUGUACGGAAGAUGAGAUGUUAAGACGAAUCAGUGCCUACGAAAGAUUAUUUCCACUUGAACCACCUGCAGACCCAUAUUGGAAGACGUUGAUUGAUUCCCUAUAUCAAGAACUAGACAACAUCGGUUUAAGGAUUCUUCCAGUGGUCAGAAGCAGACCAACAGAUGCGACUCAUAAAGUGUUUAACAGCGCUUCUAUGGUUGAGGUGUCCUGGUUGCCGCCGAAUGGAAAUGGAAGAAAUCAGGCUUUUUUUAACAACCUGGAAAGAAAUAGGCCCUUCACCUGUUCAACAGAGAGGGACGUGGAUGAGAAACAAACGAAGUUAAGAAAAAGGUUUGAAGAGAUAUUAAUCAAAAGUGGCUUUAACUUAGUGGCCUGUACCCUGCAACUGUGUGAAGCGUUUCAGCGAUCUGGAGUUCCUGUAGGCAUCAUUUCUCCCGCUUCUGUAAUCGAAUUCUACAAAUCUACUACUUCUCAGGCACCUCUGUGUACAAUUGGACCAAUUCCCUGUAGCGUAGACGAGACCCCAUUCAAGGAUGCUCUUGGCGCCAUUCUUGUGUUGUUAUACUGCAAAGAACUACAAGACUUUGCUGACCAGCUUCCAGGUCUUCCACUGCUCUUGACGCAAGACAAUUGCCUUCAGUUGUUCUCAAAUACAAAGCCCAAAUUCCUCUCCAGAUUUCAAGAUAUUCUACCGGGCUCCCCGCAGCUUUUUAUCCAUGAAGACGUUUAUCGUAAGUUGUUCACGGAUUCUGUAUUUCAACAAUCAACUGUUUUGAAGCCCCUUGAUGCACAAGGAUUCGCUAGGAACCUGCCUCAAACCAUACCACAAUCGUUCUACGGAAACGCAGAGUUAGUUGAGUGGUCUCCACAGCAGAAAUCAAUUCCGAAUCAACGAUGGAUAUCCAGGGUGUGGACCUUUCUUACCGAGCUUACCAAAGACACACUUAAUGAUUCAAAAGCGACAGAAGAGUCCAAGACGGUCAAGAUAAAGGGUGCACUUGGGUCGCUUGCCAACUGGAGUAUUCUACCUGCUACUGAAGCGAAAACUGUAAGAGAAAAGACUUGGUUGGCCUCACUUCUUUCAACAAGGGCGGUGCAACCUGUCGUACACUAUCUUGUUCCUUUGUGUCAAGCGUCAUGUGUCGUCGAUUACGCCAGUUCAGGUGAUGCAAAUCAAAAUCUUGUGGAAGUGUUGCGAAAACUUGGGCUGCCUGAACUAAAUUGCGCCCCACUAGUUAACGCAUCGCCUAACGCAGUUUUUCUGACUCGUUUACUGGUCUCAUCCUUGAGCAUCCCAAAAUCACUACUGACGUCGCUUGCCCAAAAGAUUGAAAUGGACCCACAGUCACCGGGAAGAUUGGAGGCGGCAGACUGUCGAGUGAUCUUGGAGUACUUCAGCAGGAAUGUGAGAUCCCUUCAACCUGAUGACAAGAGCAGGUUGAAAAAACUUCCAUUUUACCUGGCAACACACGGAGGCUUCAUACACCUCGAUCAGCAUAAUAAGGUUUGCGUCCUGCCUAUUGGGAUACCCAGAGCAGAAAUUGAUGUGUUGGAACACGCAUUAGGUACAGUUUUCCUGGAAUCCUGGUCAAGUCUAUCAAGUUUGUUCAGUUUCCUAGAUCUCGAAUGUAUAUCCACUGUUGAUGUAUAUUGCACCCACAUCUUGCCGAAUUUGAAGGAGUUCAGUGCUAAUGCUAGGAAGGUACAUCUGGAGUACACCCGUAAGGGCAUUCUGUCAAAUAUUACAACAACGGAGGAUGAAAAGAGAAGGCUGCUUGACUGCCUGAGAAAAACUCCAGUUAUUCCUUCAGCAGACGGUACCCUGAAAACUGCAUCUUCGUUUUACGAUCCACAUGAGGACGUGUUUCGGGCCAUGCUUCCACCAACAAACUUUCCACCCGAACCAUUUACUUCACUGGAGUGGUUAACAUUCCUUCGAACAAUUGGUCUGGUUCAUGAAGUUUCCCAGGAUCUCUUCAAGGGAUUCGCUAGAAAAGUUGCUCAUGAAGCAGCCACGGAGCCAACUGCAGACACAAGAGAGAAAUCGCAAGUGCUGGUAAAACAUCUCAUAAAACGACCCAAUGUGGUGGCAGAAGGACUAUUACCAGCUAUCUGUGACAUUCCUUUUGUGGCCGGGGCCCCAGUUAGAAAAGCACUCCGAGAUUUGUGUCAACCAUAUCAGGCGAAGAAAGAUGGUUCCUUUUUUGCAUUUAGAGGAGCGGUUCCUGUCGAUUCUGCGGAAGUUGUAUGGACGAGAGCGCAUUUACUUCCAAAGUGGGCGGACCCUACCUGUCAAAGACACCAGCUCGGUUGCCCGUCGCGAAGCAGCACUAACCAGUACUGUAAAGAUUUCAUCGCCCAGCUUCAGAUUAUGAAGACACCAUCUGUGGAUAUUGUUGUUGACCAUUGCAAAACCAUCUGUACCAGCCUUGGAAAUAAAAGCGAAAGAGAAAGCUCUUCACAUCAGCAGAACGUUACGAAACUAGAAGUCAUGGAACGCAUUUACGCUUUUUUGCAAGCAAAUGCGACUACAAACAAUGGAGCAAAGUUACUGGACCUCUCGAAUACACCGUGCAUUUUGGUCGAACAGGGAAAGAGAUUCAUUUUUCCAACACAAGCAGUCCUCGAGCUGUAUGAGCACCUUGAAAUUAAGCCUUAUUUGUACAGCGUCCCUAGAGAAUUUGGAAAGUUUCAUCGUUUGUUUCAAAGCAUUGGCUGUGCAAAGAGUGUUACGAUUUCCCACUACGCAAUGGUGUUGGAAAGGUUGAGCGAUAAAUGCAAGAAUGUCACGCUGCACCCCAACGAAGUUACAAUAUGCGUCAGAGCGGUGCAAGGACUCUUUGAAAAGCUUGAGGAAAACACAAAUGAGACCGAAAAGCUUUCUCGCCUGUACCUUCCAGGGAUUUCCCCAAGAGGAAGCUCACCAGAUGAAGGCCUGAGUUUAAUGCCUGUGACCCUGCAUGCAUCUUCAAAUCUGAUUUUUAAUGAUGAACCUCCUGCCAUCCUCAGUCGUCUGCAAAAGUUCAACCACCAUUUCCUAGACUUAAAAGUUAUGCAAGUGGUGUGUAGGUCCGCUAUGACCAACUUCAAAGAACUAGUUAUGAAGCUGCCGAGUGCAUUACAACCAAGAAUGCUCUCUUCAGUGGUCAAUGAAAGACUUCGAGAUGCACAUUGUGUCGUAAACUAUGAAGCAGUGGAGUCUUUACAGCAACGGGUGUCGUCGCCACAGUUCUUUUCUGGAAUAGUUAGACUGAUUCGAGACGAGAACUGCCAAAACGGAGAUUUUGACGAAAGGGUGUUUCAAAGUAUCAAGUUUGAACUCCAGAGCAUUGAGAUCUGCGCUGUGGGUAACCUGAAAACCACUCUUUUUUGUGACGAAGAUGCCAUUCCGGAAAGUGAAGCUGAAGUUCCCUCCUUCGUAGAAAAGAGGAAAACGCCUGGUGGAGCGAGGUACAAGGUGUAUAUUAAUGUUUCCACAGCGAUGGGAGAGAACGCCAAUGCAGUAACAUCCUUACUUUCCUGUGUGAUUGUAGAGCUGUAUGGACAGCUUCUUGGAAAGAGAGCAGGGUUAGUCUUUCAGAUGUUGAACUGCCCUCUAGAUGCGAUAUGGCCUCUUUUAGAUUCUUUGAAAGUUCGCCAAGAUGAUUCCUACUGUGUAACGAAAAUUCACAUUUUCCCCACGUUAGGCACCUUUAUUCCUUUAGAGGAUCACCAUCUGCUGAAUGAUGCAUUCGAAGAAUUUGAACCCGGUGAGUACGUGGGAUAUGAGCUCGAGGAUCCGACAUUAGAACUCAAGGAGGGAGUUGCGACCUACAUUUACGCCAGAAUUGUGGAGGAGGUGACAGAUCAAAGACAUCCUCUAGUGGCGAAGAAGUACAUGGUUAACAUUGGAGAUAACCAAGUGAUAGAAGUCGAUGCCGCCGAUUUGUACAAGUUCCACAGGUUAGACGCUCCAGCGUCCUCAGCAGUUGUCGUCUCUGCUCAUCAGCGUCAAAACUCUGCAACUCACCCAGUCGGACAUCCCAGAAGCAGGGAUAAACAAGCCGUAUUUGACGAGGUUUCAGACCUUCUGGAAGACGCAUGGAAAAUGCCAGAAGAGAAAAAGCGGAAAGUCAUCAAACGGCUCUUUCUUCGAUGGCAUCCUGAUAAAAACGUUGGCGAUGAGGAAUUCUGCACCGAGGUUUUCAAACAUGUUCAAAAUGAGAUUUCGCGCUUGGAAAGGGGUGAACCAAGAGGUAGUCAGCAGGCGACUAAUGCGGAUGCAACUGGAAGCCACAGUGGUUCGUAUAAUGCUCAUUUCACCACAUGGGGGAACCGUGCAAGGCAGCAUCACUCACAGAGAGAAGGAUACAGAAGAAGACAGCAUUUUCAUCGAGGCUUCACAGGGAGACCAAAUCCACAACCGGGGGAAGCCAAGCGUUGGUUCAAACAGGCAAAAGCUGAUGUUGCUGCAGUAGAGAACGACAUCUUUUGCAGCAAGCCUUCCUAUGAAUGGGCUUGUUUCAAGUGCCACCAGGCAGCUGAGAAGGCCCUGAAAGCCGCCAAGUACACCAUUGACGUAGACAAAUCAAACGUCCACGACUUGAAUUUGAUUUGCUGUGGUUUGGAUGACUCUGUACUUCUUCGCCUAGCUAGCCAGCUAGAGGGCCUUGUGGGGAGGUCCACACGCAUGCGAUAUCCAGACAAUUUGUGUUUUCCAAGGAUUCCAAACGAGGUGUACGAUGCCCAGAUGGCCGAAGAAGCCUUGCGUCUGGCAAAGGAGAUUGUCGAGCGAGUAAAAAGCAGGAUACCUUGAGGUGCAGCUACUGAAUUUUCCUAGACAUUAGCAAACGAUGGCAACUCUGGCGUUCCUGCGGCGAAAGUAGCCGUCAUUCCUGAUCUUUUUCUUUCUUUGUCUUGCUAGACAUCUGUAAAUAAUCAUUUUAAAAGUCAACAUAUCCACCAUUUUGAAUAACAUAUACGACAACAAUUUUUUGACAGUGCCGAAAUAAGCUAGUAGCACGAGAAAACCGCGAAGUAGCGGGAUUGAAACAGUUGGGAUGAAGCUAACUUAACUCGUAUAGUGCCGAGCGUCUGAAUCUGCAUAGAUUCUCAUAGGAUGUUCUGAACAAUCGUGUUAAAGGGAGAAAAGGCAUAUUCUAUAGCGAUUUCAAGCUGGAGCUAAGAAUGACUUAGUCACAAUUUUGCCCUUCAAAAAAGGUUUCAAAGUUGAUACCAACAAGUAGUUUAUAUGUACCUGUAGUAUUGAAAGAUAGGUCAUGUUCGUUUUGGGAAAUUUGAACCACUAAGUUGUUUUAUCGUUUGUCCUAGUUAAGGCAUGCUGGUCUUUAUCACUUGAUAGGGUCGAUUUGUUAGGCCUCAUUGUAUGUUGCAUGAUAACAGGAUGUUCUAAAACCAGAUCAAUCCGAUUCAAAUUAUACUGCGAUGAGCUAGUGACGAAACGAAUUUUCGUAGUUUAUCUUGAUUAAGAGACAUUUCAAGCAGCUAUUAACAGCCGCGCUUUUAAAAAAUUUUUUUUUUUUGACUUAUGGAGUUAACCUUCGAAAACAGAAUACGUCUUAGUAAAAGAGAAAUUUUUAUUCAAGUAAAUUGCUGUAGUUCUGUGAAACCUCUCCAGUUUAGCGCUGAAGUAAGCAGAAAACUAAAGUAGAACUUUAAGAUCACUUUAAUAUGAAGCUAAGUACCUUUUCUUUUGAGGCGUUUCUAGUACCUUUUUACAGCAAACAGUAUUAAUGUUGCAUUCAUAAUUAUCCUGACUACAAAAGGGAAUUUAGUGUUGGAGAUAGGGCAACUUCUCUAUGCAUACAGUGCAACGGUAGCUUGUUAAACACUAUUAUUAUUGUAGGUUAAACGUUUUAAUAGCUGGUCAAGUUCCUUCGUUUCGUUUUUACUCAGAUUUAAAGUUUGAGCAAAACCCACAUCAAAACUAAAUCAGAGCAUUUAUUUUGAUACAGGCUACCUACCAUAGGUUCCUUUAGUGGUGUUUCUACGAGCUUUCUUUAACUCGUUCCUCAGCCAAUCAGCGUCCACUUUUGAAUGGAAGUGAUGAGCUUCAGCGUAGCCUACAGUCUUCAGCUAUCUGUAACACGCCUUGAAAUCAGGAGUCACGAAUUUGCAGUUUGAUGAAUGGUGCGAGUAUGAAGGCUCGGUUUUCAAUACCGGUAGUCCCACAUUAUCUUUAAAUUCUCAGCUAUCUGUAAAGAGACAAGCGUCUUGUUACCACAGUAGACGGUUUUGAUCGUGAGCCACCGAUUUCUGCGUGUGAGCUGUACUACCUGUGAUUAAUAAAGUUGUUCUUUAGUCUG